AACAGCAGUAUUUAUACGACGAGUACAUUUCUCUAUUUAGUUUUUAAUUGUAUUCUCAACAAAACUAUGAGUUCCGCACCGUUUUGUCGAACUUGCUUGUCCCGAACCAGUUCCAAAUAUCGCUCCCUUUUCAAGGAAUCCUUCAUAUGUAGUGAAAAACGAAAUUUUGCCAAUUUGCUAACCGAGUUUAUUCCAUCGCUUGAGAUCCGAAAAGAGGACAGUUUACCACAAAUGAUUUGCGGAAAAUGUGCGUUGGAUUUGAAACACUGUUUCCGCUUCCGAAGGAAAUGUUUGCAGGCGGAUUCUGUGUUGAGAUCUUCACAGGAAACGAAUUUUGUUGGUGGAAAUACAAUAGCAAAUCUAGAGGAGGAAGUAGGCUCUGGUAGCGAAUCUGAACUCAGUGAAAUUGCAUCGCCGAAGGAAGUUGAACCUUCUAGUAAGAAUACUGACGAGAAUAUUGAAAGUAUAACGGAGGCUAUUCCAGAAUGUCCGGACAAGGAGAUUCUACCUAACAAACCCAAAUCCCUCGAAUGUCCCUUCUGCCAAAAAGUGCUUAGUUCCGUCAAAUCCUAUCGAACCCACCAGGCGUUGCACUCCGACGUGGCCAACUUCCUGUGCAAUCGCUGUGGCGAACGGUUCAAGACGAAAAUGGCCUACACGGGACACAUGGCCACGCACAAUCCUAACAAGUUCAGGUGCGAAAUUUGCGAAAAAUCCUACCGGCAAGCAGCGUCCCUGCGAAGUCACAUGCUAAUUCACUCCGAGGAACGUCCGUUCAAGUGUUCGGUCUGCAAUCACGCAACGACUCAGAAAAGUAGCCUGGCGAGACACAUGCUGACCCAUUCCGAGCAGAAAUCCUACGUUUGCGAUCUGUGUGGAGAGCACUUCCGGUUCAAGGGGAAUUUGGCCGUCCACAAACAACGUCACACCAAGCAGAAAGAUUUCCACUGCCAAAAGUGCCCGAAAAGUUUCGUCACGAAGGACGAACUGGCGAACCACGCCAUAACCCACACCGAGGAGCGACCGUUCGGCUGUGAUUUGUGCAGCAAGAGUUUCAACCGGAAGAGUGCGCUGCAGUUUCACCGGAAGCACACGCACUCGGUUCAGCCAAAGAAUGCGUGCCACGUUUGUGGGCGGGGCUUUGUGCAGAAAAUUACGCUCCAGAAUCAUCUGAAGACGCACAUUUUGACUGAUUACGCCGCCGCUGCGAGUCGUGUUUUUUUCGCAAAAACAAAAAAAAACUUGGCUUCUCGUUUUAAAGUUCAGAAAAAAUUGUUUUGUUCUUCACAAGUGACAAAAGCUCAGCAUCAUCGUCCUGUCCCAAUGGAGACCCGCUCAGCGAACGCAGGUUUCUCCGUGGUCGCCGCCACGGGCCCAAACAUUUGCCGGAUCUGCCUAACCAACGGCGGAACCGGAAAACAAGGGCAAGUGCAAGGUCUGGAAUCGAUCUUCAGCACCGUGGUGGACUACGAGUGCAAAAGUUUGUACGGGAUCCUGCUGGAGGUUUGCGCUCCACUCGGCACCCGGGAGAUGCUCAACGGGAUGCCGGAACGGAUCUGCCGGGGUUGCAAGUGGCGCCUGCUGACCGCGUACGAGCUGUACGAGACCUGCCUGCGGAGUGACGAAAAGAUGCGCGAGGUUAGCGCACGCGAGAUCCAGCUCAAGCAGGCCAUGCAAGUGGAGAAAAAGGAAGAACAGCAGGUCGUCAUCAAGCAGGAACUGCCCGACGGGGACGAGCAGCCAAGUUUCCAGCACACAGAAAACGACACAACCAUGGAAGACUACAGCGACGCGUCCGCUCUGUUGCUCGAGAGUCAGUUCUACCCGGAUGCGGAAAGUUCGCUGGUCGCCCCUUCGCCGAACCUGCUGGAAGAAAUGGCCCCGGCCGUGGACCUCCAGGAAACGUUUUUCGAAGAACAUUACCAACCCGGCGAGAACGGGAACCACAAGUGUGGCAUUUGCGAGGCAGAAUUCCAGUACAAGAGUGCCGCCCGGACGCACAUUCUCCAGAAGCACGACCCGUCGAAACCGUUCAAGUGCGACGUGUGUUUCAUCUCGCUGACGACGGAACUGCGCCUGAUUCGGCACAAGGCCUUGGGACACGGCGUCGGAGUGAUCAAAUGUGACCAGAGUGCGGAGGACAAGGACGAGUCCGGCGCCACGAUCUACACGUGCAAGAUCUGCUCGAAAACCUUCACUUCGAUGGUUCGCUUCAAGCGCCACAAGAACGUCCACGUCGCGUACAACAGGCCGUUCAAGUGCGACGUCUGUCUGUACCGGUUCUCAACCCGAUCGCAGCUUCAACAACACGCGAAAACGCACCAGGAAAAGCCCGAAGGCACCGACCAACCCGAUCAGGACCAGUGGCCGUGCGAGUUCUGCGAGGAAAAGCUACCAAACAAACGUGCCCAGACGAUGCACGCCCGGCGAUUCCACCCGGAGCAAAGUCUCGCAGUAGAAUCUCCCGCCGGAACUGCCACUUCCACCGGCAGUGACAAGAACGAGUACAAAUGCAUCAUCUGCUCGGAGGCGUUCGCCCGCGAAAGUGUCCUCAACACGCACAUGAAGAUGCACGAGCUGAUCGCACUGGAGAAGGAAAAGGAACAACGGCAGCAACAGCUGGAAGCGAUGCUCAACAAGCGGGAACAGCAGCAACAGCAGCAGCAGCAGAAUUCCGCGUUGGAUUCGAGUACGACCGCGGUCGGUGCCAUCAGCUUCAACGAAAGUCUGACGACGAUGGGCAGUGGGAAGAAACGUAGCGACGCCGAUAUGCUUUUUGUGUGCAUCGUCUGCGAGCAGGAGUUUGAGGAGCGGGAUAUGCUGUUGAAGCACCAGAAAAGGCUGCACAAGGAGCUGGAGCUGAACAUUGUGUCGAGUGGGGCCGCGCAGGAACAGCAGGAUGGGGCGGCGGAGGAAGCCCCGGUAGAUGACUUGGAAGACAGCGCACGUACCAAAGAUCCGGAACAAACCCAGGACGAGUCGAUGGUGGUCGAUCUGGACCCGAUCGAGUUCCUUGCGACGGAAAACGGUAAAACGAAGCCGCGUGGCGGCAGCGGUGGUCCUCCAUCCCUGCCCAAAUGUGAACUCUGCGGGAAAACCUUCAUGUACAACUGCCUCCUGCAAACCCACAUCAAAAAGAGUCACAGCGAAUCAAAGCCGUUCGAGUGCAAAACGUGCCACAUGCGUUUCGGCUACCGAGGCACCCUCCAGAAGCACGAACUCUCCCACUCGGCGCAGAACGUCCGCGCCGGUGGCCACGGUUCCAUCAUGUACAAGUGCAAACUGUGCGGGGCCAAGUUCCUCGAGCAGAAGCUGCUAACCUUCCACCUGAGGACCCACCGCAGCGCACCUCCCACUCCAACCCAAAAAGCGGAACCGGAACCACCCACCACCAAAAAGGUGGAAAUCUUCGCGUGCGGCUUUUGUCCGCAAAUCUUCAACGCCAAGGACGAGUUCGAUCGGCACCUGGUCAAUGUCCACCGACAGACGCCGGCGCCACCGCCAUUGAAACCGGCUCCCGGAAUCAACCGGAACUCGCCAACGCCCGCGGCGGCGCGCAAGACUGCCGAACGGCGGACGCCCAUGAACGAGAAAGAAACGUUUUUCGACAGCUUGUCGAUCGUCAAACUGGAACAUCCGUUGGGAACGGUUAAGUUAGAUUAGAAUGAG